AUGGAUGCUGCUGAACAUUAUCAGUUCUACUUGAAUCAGCUUUUGAUUUCGAAUGAAGCAUCAAUGGCAACACAAGUCUUCUAUAAUUGUACACCGCCAAGUUUUGGCCCAAUGCGCCGAUAUACGUUUGAUAAUUACAAAUCUUAUCAUACAUCAUUGAAUGAGAUUAUUCACGAUUUCUAUCUUCACCGUUACGAACCGAUGACACUGACAUGCUACGUUCAUUUACAAUGUGAUCGUGGUUCAGCUCUGACAUGUCUCGAUUGGAGCGAAAUUUGCGAUGGAAAAGUGGAUUGUCUCGAUGGUGGACGCGGCAAAGAACAUUGCUGGCAACUUGAAGUCAACGACUGUGAAGAUGAUCAAUAUCGAUGUAUCAAUGGGCAAUGCAUACCCGGCACAUUUUUUCGAGACAACACUGCCAUUCCCGACUGUCUCGAUGGAUCUGAUGAAUAUUUUAAAGCGACAGAUAACCGUGCCAACUAUGCAAUAGCUGAACCAGUAUUUGAAUGCGAAGAUAUAACAUGUACGCAUAGUCAUCGAUUUUGGAAACGACCUUUGGCAAGUUCAUGCGUCAUAAAACCCAGUGACCUACUCAUGGAAGCCAUGUUUUUGGACAAGCCGAAAUCGGUACUCGACGAGUGUUGGUCAGCAUUUUUGUGUAUCCUUCAUGUUCCAUAUACACGGGAUCCAGUCUGUCUUGAUCUUUGUGGAGACAGAGCAUGUGACGAAACAAUUCGAAAGACUUGUCCAGACAUGAUGUACGUUCCCGCUGUUCCACUUUUCUUCGGUCAUGUCUACUUUGUCUACACAAAAAAUGAGUCCAAAUAUCGGCCUAAUCUGUCUCUGAAGCCACAAUAUGUAUACUAUAAAGAACAACUUUGUGGUGGACUCAUAGCCAACAAACCAUUUUUGGUGUUCAAUAAUGUCACAUGUCACCGUUUUUGA